AUGUCCACACAAAAAGCCCUGAAAGUGCCCGCACACACCCCGGAAAACGCUGGGUCUUGCGGCGCCACGAAUCUGGUAUCUGUGAGUCCCUGCUCGCAGCUCAGCGCCCGGACCAUUCCGAAAUAUGCCGGGUCGGCGCACUCGAAACUACACAAUGUUGUUUGGCGCAGCCCCUUGCAAAAUAUCUACGUGGUCAAGAAGCCGUGGAACGAAACCACGACUCGCGCCAUGCGGGAGUUUAUUGCUUUUAUCCAUGCCGAGUACCCGUCACUCAAUGUGAUUGUGUCGGAGGACGUAAAGAACACAUGCACGACCCCGCUCGCCGUGCACACCGGCAGUGUGGCCGACAUUGUCGCCAAGACCGACUUAAUCGUGUCGCUCGGCGGCGACGGCACCACGCUCCGCGCCGUGCUGGCCUUUCUGAACGGCUCCGUGCCGCCCGUGCUCUGCUUCGCCAUGGGCACGCUCGGGUUCUUGCUCCCCUUCGAUUUCGCCUCCUUUCGCGAGUCGUUCCGUGCGGUGUUUGAGUCCCGCGGCAAGGCUAUCCACCGCACGCGGCUUGAGUGCCAUGUGUUGGCCCACUACAAACAGCACCACGACGCCACCAUGGUUUAUGCCAUGAACGACAUCUCCUUGCACCGCGGCGCCCAGCCGGGGCUCAUCAAGCUCGACAUCUACAUCGACAGCGAGUAUCUCACCAGCACCACGGCGGACGGGCUUGUGUUUGCCACACCCACGGGGUCCACGGCGUACUCGCUCUCGGCCGGCGGGCCCAUUGCACACCCGUUGGUGCCGUGCAUUUUGCUCACGCCCAUCUGCCCCCAGUCGCUCUCCUUCCGGCCGCUCGUGCUCCCGGCGACAUCCCACGUGAUGAUCCGCCUCCUGGCAGGCACGCGGGCCGAGCGCAUCAAGAUGAGUAUUGACGGCAUUGCGCAGCCGGACUUGCGCCCGGGCGACGAGAUCCACGUGGUCAACGAAAACGGCACCAUCUACAUUCCGGGCAGCCAUCAGCCGCCGAAAACGCUUCGGAGCAGGCUGGGCUUUGACGACUACAUCGAGCCGGGCCGCGCGGGCGGGCCGGCGCCGGCAGACCAGCCGAACGGAAUAUUCUGUUUUGCCAAGGCAGAGAAUGACUGGACGGUCGGGAUCACCGAGCUUUUGGGCUUCAACAGCUCGUUCAAGGGCCAGAAACAUUGA